UCUUCCUCUGUUUUGUUCUUUCUUCAAAGUUUCAUUCAAUUGAACUCUCAAUGACAGGAGCUGGGAAGGGGAUCGGAAUAUAAAAUCGGCUUUCUUUCCAAAGUAAGAGAAAACCCAUUUCCCUCUCAACCCUAUCUUUAUGCUUUUGCAAGAAAUUUUUAAUUUUUCUUGGGUUUCUGUUUGUUUGAUUCUGCUUCUGUUUAACUUUGGGGUUUCUUCUUCUUUUCUUUGUUGUGUUCUUUGAAUUAAAAGGUUGUGGAGUUGCUGUUCUUGAACGAUCACCAUUCAAUUCGAUUGCCAAGCCCGUCAUGUAUCAGUGACGGGGAAGAGAAGAAAAAGAAGGAAGUGGUGGGUCAGAAUCUGAGGGAUGGAAGGAGUACAGAGCGGUGGGAGCAGAUGGAGGAGUCUGAGAGAACGGCUGGGAUUUAAGGGGAUGGGAUGCUGUGGGGCCUCGUGGAGCUUCAAGGCGUCGGAUAUGGCAGUGAGAGAGAGCGACGACGAGGAGGUGGAGGGAGAAGGGGAAGAUCAAGACCAAGCGCAAGAGAUGGAAAUGGAGGAGGAAACAGAGAUUCCGGAUCCGGGUUGCAUGGAUCAGGAUCCGCCGGCGACGUCGGGGAUGAACUUAGCGACGGCGUUGGCAGCAGAGCGUCACCUCCGAGCGGCCCAGGAUUUGGAAGGAGGGAACGUAGGGCCGACCACUUCCGACUCUGCUCCGGAGAUUCCCCCGGCGAUUACGGAUAUUACUACAACUGUCCCUGGUACACCCUUGACCUUGAGGGUUUCUCUGAUGAGACUGCUUGAAGAAGAAGGGGACGGUGUGGAUGGAGUUGCAGGCAACGGAGAGAGAGAAGGCGAGAAAGGAGGAGAAGGAGGAGGAGGGGGAGCUGAUGGAAUGUGUUGCGUCUGCAUGGGGAGGCGUAAAGGUGCAGCUUUCAUCCCAUGUGGACACACAUUUUGCAGAGUCUGUUCAAGGGAGCUCUGGUUGAAUCGAGGCUCUUGUCCCCUCUGUAAUCGUUCUAUUCUCGAGAUUCUCGACAUUUUCUAGUUCUUUCUUCUCUUUC